AUGAGGGCAAAAAGAGCAGGCAUUGCUACCCUAUCUUUCAGCAUCGAUAACCAAACUGAAACUCCUUUCUACAAACUGGACAAGGUGAAACGCGAAGUCUCAGUAAUUCAUGCAAAGUGGAUAUACUACUUCUCGAUGGUGGUGGGGUGGAUCUACUUUGCCGCUUGGUCUAUUUCCUUCUAUCCACAGAUUAUUGAGAAUUUCCGUCGACGGAGUGUCGUGGGUCUCAAUUUCGACUUUCUCGCUCUCAACAUCACUGGGUUCAUAGCCUACGGGGUGUUCAAUGUCGGCAUGUUCUGGAUCCCUGAAGUUAAGGAGCAGUAUAAGGAGCUCCACCCGGGUGGAGUCAAUCCCGUCCAGAUCAACGACGUCGUCUUCACGCUGCAUGCAAUAGCUGCCACUGGGUUCACCAUAUUCCAGUGUUUCAUAUUCGAGAGAGGGAAGCAGCGUGUGUCCAUCCCAGCCUGGAUCCUCGUGGCUCUGCUGUGGCUGGCUGUCUUCAUCUCUCUGUUUGUCUCCAUCGGAGGAAAACUCUCCUGGCUCAACUUUCUCUACGUCUUCUCCUACGUGAAGCUGGCCGUCACUCUUGUCAAAUACAUCCCUCAGGCAGUGAUGAACUGUAGGAGGCGCAGCACAGUGGGGUGGAGCAUCGGAAACGUCCUACUAGAUUUCACUGGUGGAGCCUUGAGCAUCCUGCAGAUGUUUCUCAUCUCUUAUAACUACGAUGACUGGAAGUCGAUUUUUGGAGACCCAACAAAGUUUGGUCUGGGUGCCCUGUCCAUCUUCUUCGACAUCAUCUUCAUGUUCCAGCACUACGUGUUGUUCAGAGGAAGGGAGCCGCAGGAGGAGAAGCCCUGUUUCCCUGAGUCCUGGCUGCGGCCGGAGAAGACCUACGCGACAGCCGGGGUGGAGAGCGAGGAGGGGGAAUAUGAUGACAGCAACGAAAAGACGCCCAUGAUCAACACUAGUAGCAAGAAGAAUAAGAUGGGGACUCUGCAAAGGGUCUUUAGUUUCUGCGUCUAACGUUAUAUCAUUUCGACUCGUAUUAUUUCACCGACAUAAUAUGUAAGUGUGACAUAAUAAUAUUAUUGAUCUACAAAAUAUUAUGUACUGAUUGCAUAUCAAACUUGUUGCUCUGGGACUACGUUUAAAUUGACACCACACGUCUAUGGUUUUUAGCCUGCAAUAAGGCACUGCAUUGAUACCAGUUGCACAUCAUAAUGAUAGCCACAGCUUAGUUCUAGGUCAGGUAUAUAUAUACACCCAUCUAAACUGCUCAGACCUAACACAAGUUUAUUCCUAGCACAGUAUCAAUUUUAGCACAGGAUUGGUACAUUAUGUAGCUGUGACUAUUAUUAUAGUGAUUGAUGCAAUGGUCCUGUGAGUGUGCUGCUCAGUCGUUGUCCUGGGGGAGUGGCUCCACCAACCCCAGCUCUAUGAGGAGUUUAUUCUCAGUGGCCAGAUAGUCCUCAUACUCUCUCCUUGCCUCCUCCUGCCACACCGGCUCCAGCUCACCCUCUGGGGCCGACUCCUCCUUAGUGAGCUCGGCAGAGGCAGCUGUCAUGGAUUCCCUCUUGGCGGCGGCUCUGGCAGCUGUUCUCCCAGAUGAGAACCCCACUCUCUGGGUCUCCCGCUCAAAGAAUGCCUCCAUUAUACCAUCCU